ACUCCUCCCAACAAAGAGGAACAUAACGACUCUAUCAGCUUUUCCAGUUUUCCCUGUUCAUCUUUUUUCCUAAGAAACCUCAAGAAUCCAGUUUUGCUGAUCACUGUGUGCAUUCUGUUCUUCCCCCAGGAGAAAGCUUUUAACGACAUCCUCACCAACAAAGGCCCCGAGCUGCUGAAAGAUUUGGAUGCUUUCUUAGGAGACAACAAAUGGUUUGUAGGGAAAUCUGUAACAUGGGCUGAUUUCUACUGGGAUGUGUGCAGCACAACGCUCCUGUCCUAUAAAGCUGACCUGGCAGACAAGUACCCCAGGCUGUUGGCUCUCAGGGACAGAGUGCAAGCACUGCCCGCUAUUGCAGCCUGGAUCCAGAAAAGACCAAAGACAGCAAUUUAGAUCAGCUGUUCACUGGAAAAACAA